CUGCUGAUUUGAUAACGUCAUUGAUAGUUUGUGUUCUAAGUCCUGUAUUUUUCUUUAAUAAGUAAUUACCAAUUAUUUUGAUAUAAAAUAAAAACCUAACUAAAUAUUAACACAAUGGAACUUCAAGAUACCUACUAUAAUAAAUCAGAAUACGUAGAAACAGCUUCCGGAAACAAAGUAAGCAGACAAACAGUGUUAUGUGGGUCACAAAACAUAAUAUUACAUGGAAAAGUAAUUGUUCAAAGCGAUGCAAUAAUAAGAGGUGAUUUAGCAAAUGUAAAGACUGGCAGAUUUUGUAUCAUUAGCAAAGGAUCAGUUAUCAGGCCACCUUUCAAGAAGUUCAGUAAGGGUGUUGCUUUCUUCCCUCUUCAAAUGGGUGACCAUGUGUUUGUUGGAGAAAACACAGUGGUGAAUGCGGCCGUUGUGGGAUCCUAUGUAUAUAUUGGAAAGAAUGUAGUAAUUGGCAGGAGAUGCGUCUUAAAAGACUGCUGUAUGAUUGAGGACAACUCCGUCUUGCCUGCCGAGACUGUUGUUCCAUCAUUUGCUCGAUACUCCGGCAGUCCCGCACGGCUAAUCACAACAUUACCAGAAGCAAUGCCUGAUCUCAUGACAGAAUUUACAAAAAGCUAUUAUCAACAUUUCUUACCAACUACAGUAAAUUGAAGAAUACUCUGUCAUUUCCAUUAUGUAUUUCUAGCAAGACUAAUUUUUUUUAACAGCAUUAUUAUGUUUUACUUUUAAGUCUUAGACCUAUUGUAAGAUUUUGGAUAUUUACACAAUGUAAGUAGGUAUCUUUAAUUAAAAAUGUAUGUCACUCACUAUUGUAUAUAAUAAACUAAUUUAUUACUUUA